CGUGCGCAGUGCCGUGUGGGAGGGAAGAGCAGUGGGGUCAUCUUCGGUGGCGGUCGCAAGCGUUAUCCGUGAGAGGCGAAAGGGCGACGAGGAUGGACGUUCGCGGCGGCGGCCCUGAGUUGCGUGAAGAAGAGAGGGAGGCGGUGGCGAUGGCGGUGACUGUCUUGGUCCUUAACUCGGUGGGCAACAUGUCAUCCACGGAAAGCCAGAAGCGUUCCCAGUUGCGGAAACACAGAGCAUUGUUGCAACGCGUCGUCGAAGUGUCGGAUUGCAUGGCGACGUCUGAAGCGGUCCUGGAGUUGUGCGUGACGCUCUACUCCGGCGUCUUCCCGCGGGAAACGCCGCGAUGGUGGAUCAAACGAAGGACUGGCGGAACUUGGAAGGAUCUCUGGCUGUAUGACGACGCGACGAAAGACUACUUCCGCGACAAGUUGCGUAUAUCCAGGGUUGUCUUCAUGCAGAUCGUUGUCUCAUGUGCCGCUCACGUCGAGAAGAAGGUCACACAUUACAGGAUGCCAUUGCCUGCGGAGGAGGCGUACCCCGAAUCCAUCAAGUGGCCUGUUGGGAGAAGGGCUCCGGAAUCCCUAACUGCUUCGGCGCAAUCGACUGCAAACACGUGUACAAUGUACAUUGACAAGCCCGCCAGCUCGCCGUCAGAUAACUACUACGACCGCGAACAGAAGUUCUCCAUUCAAGCGGAGGUGGUAGUCGAUUUGGAUCUGCUUAUCCUGGACAUCCACGGCGGAUACCCGGGAAGUGUGCACGAGAUCCGUGUCCUACAGAACUCCUAUUUGUGGAGGCGUGCAGAAAGCGGCGAGCUUCUCGACGCCCCUCCGGAGAAUCUGCCACACGGUGUUGUCACAUGAGGUUACCUUCUCGGCGAUAACGGGUACCCCGUUGCCUGUCCAUGGAUCGUCCAGCCGUACGAAGGAAUCGAGCAACGUCUUGACGAGGAACGUUUCAACACGCUGAAGAAGGUGGCGCGGGGGUGUGUGGAGAGGGCGCUCGGGCGGUUGAAGUGCAUGUGGCGUCUAUUCUUGUGCACCCACAAAACGAACUUGGAGACCUUGCCGCAUCAAUUCGUCGCCGUAUGCACUCUCCACAACAUCCUCGUGGACGCGGGGAUCGAGUUCAACGAGAACCUGCUGUGGGAGGUGGAUGAAAACGGCGUCUGGUGUAGAGUGGACUUGGGUAUGGUGGGAAACGGUGGGGGCGGAAGGCAACAAAGCACGAACGUCGAC